AUUUCUCUGCAGAACAAUAUCAAAGACUCCUCAAAAUGAGCCCACUUAACCUUAUCAAUAAUGAUAAUAUUAGCGAGUUGGUCGAAAAAUUUCUUACGUUUGAUGAUUACGAGUUGAAUAAUGCACCCACAACACAGGAAGAGUACAUAGAACAUAACGAAGAUAGUGAAAAUAAUAAGCCCACAACGCAGAUGGAGAAUAGCGAACAUAGUGAAAAUAGUGAAAAUAUCACUUCUGAAGAAAUUUCUAAAAGCAUUUAUUUCACUACGUGGGAUGAAGUAGAGGAUUAUCUUAACGACUAUGGUGCUAGAAAUGGUUUUGCGAUAACUAAAUAUCGGGUAGAAAAAAGCAAUUCAGGUCAAAUAAUUAAAAAAACCUUCGUCUGUGAAUUUUCUGGAAAGUAUAAAUCCAAAAAAAAACUAGAAGCAGCUUUAAAUGGAACACAAAGAAAUAUGAAAACAAAAAAAACAAAUUGCAAGUGGCAUAUCAACUUAUCUUUAUCAGGAGCUUCUCAAAUUUCGAUCACAACAUACGCGAUUGAUGAAGUUAAACUUAUGACAAGGCAUGCUAAUUUGUUACUUUCUACACAAAAACGACUUCUGAAGGCUCGAUUUCCAGACCUGAAUUUUCAAGACCAGGAUUUGGCGAAUGUGAUUCAAAAAGUAAAAAAGACAGCUGGACCUCUAUUCAAAGAAAGAUGGAACAAAUUACUUACUGAUUUUCCAAUAGCAAAAGAUUAUCUUUUACAUGUAUUGGAUCCAAAAUGUCGUUCAUGGGCUCGUGCUUAUCUUCACCGAGUAUUCACAGCGGGUAUUGAAAGCACAUCAAGAGUUGAAAGUUACAAUUGGGUCAUUAAACAACAAUUAAAAGCGAACA